ACGAACAUGCCAACUCACCCAUUGAUCCCAUAUGUGGAAAGUCCCGAUGGGCUUGGUCAAGAAAUCCUUAGCCCUAGCAGUGCCAGCAUGCCAGGGGCCACCUCCAGUAUGACACCCCAUGCCAGCCUGGUGGAGAAGGCAGAGGGCAGCCUGCCUCUGGACUGCAUGUUCUGUGACCAGACAUUCCAGCAACAGGAGGAACUGGGCCCACAUCUGCUCAGCCAACACCCUACCACGCUCUUUGGGCCAGCCGUGCUGCGAGUGGAGGCGGAGUUCCUAACCCCUGCUGAGCGGGCCCGGUCGAAGACCUGCCUGUCGACCGAGCAAAAUGAGGAGCCAAGCUGCAUGGUGUGUGGGCAAGCCACAGCAGAUGCUGGUGAGCUGGAGGCCCACUUGAGGAAGCAUAAAGACUCCUUCAUCUACUGUUGUAACAUCUGUGGACGACGCUUCAAGGAGCCUUGGUUCCUUAAGAACCACAUGCGGACUCACGGAGGGAAAGCCAAGAACAAGGCUCUGCAGGACCUUGAAACACCUGUGACCAUCAACGACAUCAUCCAAGAUCAGCCUCCUUCUCCUGUUGUCAGUCCAUACAAAAUGUGCAUGGUUUGCGGCUUCUUUUUUCCCAACAAAGAGGUAUUGGCUGAACACAGCAAAGUACACAACCGUGAAUCAGAUGUUAAUGAAGAUGAGGCCUCAUCUACUUACAACCCACCGGCUGUGGAGCAUCCCACAUCUCAGAAGGCCUUUUUACAAUUCCUCAGGCUGCGCCCUGCAGCUGGAGAAAGUGCCUUGCAAACUGACAGUUCUGCUCGCUGGAUCUCGCAGCUGGACCCAUUUAACACUUAUCAGGCCUGGCAGUUAGCCACUAAGGGCAAGAUUGCAGUUAGUCCUAACCUGGCCAGGGAGCUUAACCCAGACUCCACUUCAGACAAUGAAGAUUCCUGCUCGGACAAAGAGGAGCUAGGUGCUAUCUGGUCCACCAAUGGAGGGGAUAAGACCAGCAAGGAGGGCUUACGGAGUGAGUUGAAGCCCAGGCGGAGCGGAGCCGAGACUCCUUCGCCCUUACCAGAGCAGAAGGGCCUGAUGCGUAGCGAGAAGCCCACACACUGCCAGGACUGUGGAAAGAACUUCAGAACCUACCACCAACUGGUGUUACACUCCAGAGUUCACAAGAGGGAGAGAGGUGGAGCAGAAAGCCCUACCACACCAGUAGAUGGUAAAGCCCAGAAUGUAGGAUCAGCGAAUGGUACCUUGCUAGACAGAGGAGAAGAAUGUUCUGAAGAUGGCUCAGAGGAUGGUGUGUCUGCUGAUGCUUUCCACUCAGAUAAAAAUGAAGAUGGCUAUGGUAAAAUGAAGCUAAAAAUUCUUGCUCCAAGGGAAUGUGGUUACUGUGGGAAGACAUUUCGUUCCAACUAUUACCUCAAUAUUCACCUCAGAACGCAUACAGGUGAAAAACCAUACAAAUGUGAAUACUGUGACUAUGCUGCGGCUCAGAAAACCUCUCUGAGGUACCAUCUGGACAGACGUCAUAAGGACAAACCUUACACAGAGAUCCCAAAUAUACCCGUGACGUCAUUGUUUUCUCCAGGCAGCAGCAAAGGAAUAGGGUCUCCCAGUAACACGGAUGAGAAACAAGCCCCAAACCCAUCUAAGCAAUGGCUAAUCCCCCAGUCUGGUACAGGGGCUAGACCCACAGCCAGUGUUAAGUUGGAAGCUGGGCUUAAUCCCCCUGGCAUCACCAGUGCCAGCUCUCUACCUCUAGCAAAGCCAGAGACUGGGAAAGUGCCUGCUGCUGCCCCAAGUUCACCUGCCAGUGAGGCUGGCGUAAAAUGCCCUUCACCCAUCAAUUUGAAGGCAGAAAAGAAAGAGUGUGUGGAGGCACCACUGAAUUUGUCUCUCAAAGGGUCUGACUGUAUCUCAGCUACCUCAGUUCCAAGGAGCCUGUUACUGACCUAUCUCUGUGGCUCCUGCUCGUAUGAAACCCUUUACCCUGAGGUCCUGCUCAUGCACAAAAAGAUCGUUCACAAAGAGAAACUGGAAACCAAGAAGAACUGUCUUAAAGGUGCCCUCAAGUUGCAGAGAUACACUGGUUGUCCCCCUGCACUUGAGGGCAAAGAUGUUACCCCUUUGCCCCACAUCAAUAGAAAGCAUCCUCGACGGACAAAAUCCCCUCCUCCUCAGCUUGGAAAAUCUGAGAAAGUGCAGACCUCAAGUCAUCCUCAGACACACAAGCAUUCUCCGGUUAAGGAGCCCUGGAGAGAGCACCAGCAUGACAGCCAGCAAAACAGACCAGACGUUUCCACCAAUGCACAUGUUAACACCAAACAUGCCCAAUCCAGGUUCCCAGAACCAGCUGUUGAAUCCAUCCGAAAACCCGCCGCAGUUGCGGGGACUGACCGAGAUUGCUCUGGACAUAGAGUUGCCCCAGCUAGAAACGGAGUGAUUUGGCCUUCAGAUUCUGCUAGGCAGUUUUGCCUCUCUGGGCGCUUCGGAGGUCAUAUGCAAAUGGACGUUGGGGAGCCCUCCAGCAAGAGGCUGAAGCCCUCUGAAGCUCAGGAACCCCAUAGUGGAAGCACCGGCGUUGAUUACAAUAGGCUCAGGCCCUCAGGGAGAAAUGCAAAAACUUCAUUGCAGGGUGGCUCAUCCUUAGCGCCGGUCAAAGUGACUCCUGCACCGUCUGGCAGCAGCUUGGACCACGACUGGAAUGUGAUCAACCUCCUUCGCUCUUACAACCCCAGUGACCUCGCUUCCCUCUACUACUCUAACACAGUCACCUCUGGCCACGGGGCUGCUCCCACCCCAACAGCCGGGAACAGGCCUGUGCUAUACCCACAGUUUUCCAGUGGCCUGAAUCAGAGGAAGACCCAUCCCAGCCCAAUGAAUAAUGACCGCAGCACUGAUAAAAGCUCUUAG